AUCAAUUUCCGACUUCUGAAAGUUUUAUGUAUGAAACGUUCCGGUUUUUUUUAAAUUAAAAUUUUUUUUAGUUUAUCUAAAACCUUUUGAAGUUUUUGCGCUGAAUCAGAAUCAACGUAAUGUAAGGGUUAAAACAUGUCAUUUUUUGCAAAAUAUGCUUCUCAUUCACCAAAACAGAUAAAUUUGUUUAUUUCUUUGAAGUUGCCAUUUUAUUUCAAAUGUGUUACAAAUUAUAGUUCAAGUUCAAAAUAUUUACUCAAAACUCAGAGACAACUGAAUAAGUUAGAUAAAAAGCAAUAUUCUCGAAAAGCCAAAAACUCCUGGUUUGGAACUAGGAAUAAAACUUAUGACAUCGUAAGUCCUUGCGAAGUUGGACCAAAAAGAAAUGUGCCUGACUACAUCAAAAAGCCCAGUUAUGCAGACUCAGGUGUUGAACAUGAAUCUGAAGAAGACAUUAAGAUAAUGGACUGCAAAAGUGUUGAAUGUAUGCGUAAAUCAUGUUCUCUUGCCAAAAUUGUUUUGGAUGAAGUAGCAAGAUAUAUAGAGGUUGGUGUAACAACUGAUGAGUUAGAUUCAAUUGCACAUUCGACUUGCAUUAAUUAUGGGGCAUAUCCAUCACCUUUAAACUACAGAGGGUUUCCUAAGUCAAUUUGCACAUCUGUCAAUAAUAUUGCCUGUCAUGGCAUACCUGAUAGUAGAAGAUUGAAGGAUGGAGACAUUAUCAGUGUGGAUGUCAGUGUGUUUUAUAAUGGAUUUCAUGGUGACUGUGCUGCAGCAUAUUGUGUUGGAAAUGUUGAUGAAAUCGGAAAAAAAUUGGUGGAAACAUCAAAGUUAUGCUUAGACGAAGCUAUUCAAAUAUGUCGUCCUGGUCAGUUAUUCAGUAUGAUUGGUAAAACAAUCAGUAAACUUGCCAGAGACCGUGGAUGUUCUGUUAUACCUGCAUUUUGUGGCCAUGGCAUUGGUUCUAAAUUUCACUGCCCUCCUAGUAUACUACAUUAUGACAAUGAUGAAAAGGGGCAUAUGAUGAAAGGAAUGAUUUUUACCAUAGAGCCUGUAAUUUGUGAUGGUGAGCCUGACAUAGUUAUAUUAGAAGACGGCUGGACAGCAACUACUGAAGAUAACAGCAGAAGUGCCCAAUUCGAACACACAAUUCUCGUCACUGAUAAAAGCGCUGAAAUAUUAACGGUGCCUGGUGCUUUUAAAGUUGAUGAAAGCUCAGUAUAAGAUACUGUAUCAAAUUUUUUGAAAGAUUUUCUCUACUUAUUGUUAAAAAUAUUUUCAUAGAAUUUAUUGUUCAAAAUAUACUGUAAAUAAAGUAUAAUUUGUUAAA